AAAAUAUUCAUGUCGAGAUACCUUCGUCGGUGAUUGACAACCAUUUCUUCCGGCGGUACCCCUUCGGCUCAAUGAAUAUUGAGGGCCAGCACGAGUGUGUCCAUCGAUGAUUCGACAUUUUAAAGGCCCCUUCGAACGGUGUUAACAUCAUAUUCGGAUGAACCGGCAGGAUCACGAUCAGUUAGCCGACUAUAAUUAACGCUAUUCUACGAGUCUUGAUGCCACCAACCGUUGCCCCGUACCGACGUCCUUCCGCCUAUUGCAGUCGGUUGAACACCGGAACUACGUCGUCGCAUUCUAAUGGCCAUCGAGUCCUAUAAAACCAGUCAAAUUCAUCGUUGGAUUCCCUAGAGUCGUUCUACAUCGUAGCACUUCAUCCAGCCCUUCCCAAAGAUGUUCAAAAUCUUCGCCCUUGCAGCUCUCGCCGCCGCACUUCCCGCUUUCGUGAAAGCUCAGUCUGCCGUGUACGGCCAAUGCGGUGGUAUCGGAUGGACUGGUGCGACGACUUGUGUGGCCGGAUCGACGUGCACUGUCCUCAAUGCUUAUUACUCUCAGUGCCUUCCGGGUUCGGCAGCACCUACUACCAGCACUAUUGCUGCUCCCACUGCCACCCCCACUUCCACCACUGCCACUGCCACUGCCACUGCUUCCAAAACCUGUCUGGCGAAGAGGACUGCGGCCGCUUCCGUGUAGAGGGCAAGAAAUAGGCUCCGGUUUGCAAUGAGUGAAAGCUAGUAUAGUUGAAAAUACAGAAUAUUUGGUGGCCGC